AUGGAAUACUUUAAAUUGGACAAUCAAAAGAAUGAUCCUGUCAAAAAAUAUUUUUCAGAGCAUCCUGUUAGCGAAUGGUCCUAUCCUGAAUUUGAGGCUGCAUUUAUUAAGAAUAAGCCAAUAAAGCCAAACGCAAACAAAAUGAAAAACGCAUAUUUAAACAUGAUGAAAACCCCAAAAAACACAGGCAAUAUACCAGAAGACCCGUCUUUAUCACUUGGAGCAUAUACUCCCCCAAGAGGUAUUCAAUGCCACGACUGGUGCAUGGAUAUUGAAGCAUCUCCUCCGUCAGACGGGCUUUCAUCUUUAAAAUUAUCGGGAAAAAUGCUUAGUGAUGGCUGCGAAUCAGACGAUAUAUUGGAUAUCCACACAGCUCAAGUCCUGAUAUAUAUUCUCCCCAUAUUUAUUAAUGGCCCACCGGGUUGCUCGAUCGAAGACAGCUAUGUACAUAAUUAUCUUUCGCCGUUGUUGGUCACUGUAUUUGGGUCUGAUCCCUUGUUGAGCAUGAAAUGGGCUAAUAGUCAAUUGAUGAGCAGUGAUUCCAAAGCAUACAAACCAGACUUUUUGGUUUACAACCUUUCCGGUAGCGUGAAGCAUAUUAUAUCGAUUUCCGAAUUCAAACAUGUCGAUCAAAAUUCGUAUGUGGAAUCUGACUUGGUAAAGCUUGCUAAGCAAACGAAAUUUACUAUGAACAACCUGAUUUCAAGCGGUGUUGUUGAACCAAAGGUGUGUGGCAUCCACCGUGAAGGCAACAAUUUGCACACCUAUGUCAUGGAUCUCGUUUCACCCAAGGUUUAUAGAAUGAUCAGUGUUGCCAAGUUGAAACUCUUUGGAAAUUUGGAUCAGAUUACCCUUCUCCCCAGAAUCCUCACACAUUUGAUCUCUCUUAAGAACUUUGCUUGUGAAAGUGCCUUAAAAAUUGAAACUUCUGUUAUAUCUACCGGUAGUACUUUGAAACAACCUGCCCCCCUGCCAACCCUUGCACUGGUUAUCCAACGAUUCCUUUUUUCUGACCCGUGCUACGAUGAAGCAAAAGAAAUGGAUGAUCUUGUUUUUUUUUGCCAAAGAUGAUAUAUAUAAAUAUUAGUCUUAUUGAAUCAAUAAGUUAAAAGUAUAUCUUGCAUUUCAAUCUGGAUAACUUUAUAUCUUAUUCUACUAUUCACUCGCAGCACUACCAUUUCAUUAUUUAAUUAAGAAAUCCAGCAACUAUUUAUGUAUAUUUACUAGAAGCUGUAUUUGCAGCAUUGAGAUAUUUUAUUAAGCCGCAUCCUAUUCUUUAUAUGCUUUGAGGUCUUGUCUAUAUAUACAUAUAAGUGAUUAUUAAUAAAAAAACGCUCUCUAUUGACAAUAU